GAUUAUUAUUGUCUGGUCGGACGAAUUCGUAUCCUGCUCCUGCUUCGGCGGUUAGAGACGAUAGAAGAAGAAGAUAGUGUUAUGGAUUAAAAAAAGCAUAGACAUAACCAAAAGACAAGAAGGAGGAGGACAAUGGGAGGUGUUCUUCGCUCAUUUUUAUUGUAUAGGAUAUUUUCACAAGCCAUGUACUUCAUUCACGACAACUGGGAGUUAACAAGAAGUAUUUGUAGCUUGGGAGGUUAGAUGUGAAUAAUAUCAUCAUGGGAGCUACUUAGAUAGCUCGACAGCAAUUCAAACCUUGAACCUUUCGAUGGAUGUCUAUACAGGUAGAUGUGAUAUGCAAGUCAAGCAGACGGCAUGUGUACGUCUGUGCAUACUCCUUGGUGCCUACCUCUAUGUACAAAUGCAGGGGCAUUCCCAGCGUCUUUGCGUCUUGCGCAGGUGUUGGGGGAUGUGUGUACGAGCGCUUGCAUCAGCAGAUGUCCCCCUCACGGUGACGGGAUGGUGGUGACAUCCCUUCUCGGAUGUGAAUUUGGAAGUCCAGUCCAAUUUGAUUCCGUCCACUUUAUCUCCGUUUUCCAUCCAGAAGAACACCUUCCCAUGUCGCAAGAUUGGCUGAAUUUCAACGUGGGAAAUUCAACAAUGACACGACGAAGCGUAUACCUCACGGCACUAGCAGCCUUUAUCGCUGUGACAACAAUGACUUUAACCUCCAUCUUGCUUCCGCGGUGGAUUACCUACUCCUCCGUGACCUCCUCACAUUCUCCUCACAAGCACCACGACUCACACUCACCUGUCCAUGUCCAUGUCUCCGCCUCCGGCUCCGAAGUCUUCCACGAUUACAUCGGCCUCCACCAGCGCUGUCAAACCCCCGUCACCGUCCUUGCCUACGGAAAACAUGGGAAACACAACGGACAGCUUAAGUUGGAGUGUUUCCCCUUCCCAGAUUCUCGAUUCUGCUCCGGUUUCCAUUCCGGCCCUAGCCUAGGUCCUCCUCCGUCACCCUCUCCCGGUCCCCCUCCUCCUCCUUCGGACCCCAUCCCUGGCCCCAACCCUGAUCCUCCCAAACCCGGCCCCGAUAUAUCCACCGGUCAAGAGAAGCGCAGAUUCUUCUGCACAACCUGGAAAUCCACAGCAUUCCUGAUGAACCUAUCCCUGGUUUUGGAGGCCGCUACGCUGGUGGGGUUUGUGGUUGUGCUGGUGCUUGCUGGCGGUGGGCAGGGCAGUGGGCAAGGCGGUGGGCGAGGUGGGCGAGGUGGGAGACGGAGGGGGAACGCGAGGGAAAUGAGGCAAGAAAGGGACGAAAGAAAGGAAAAAGAAGGAUGGAAGGUGUUGGCUUGGAUGAUCGGGGCGGUGGGGGUUGGGGAGGGGUUGGCGGGGGGUUUGGUGGUGAGUUAUUCUGUUUCUUUUUUUUUAUCUUCCCUUUUUGCUAAUGGGUAUGACGAUGGGGGUGGUAGUGGUAAGGGUGGUGAUGAGGAUGAGGAUGAGGAUGAUGAUGAUGGAAUGUGGGCAACGGGAUGUGGUGGUUGCCCCGGGUGACGGAAGGGAUGUUUGGAUGGAUGGAUGGAAAUGGGGAUAUGCUCGCUACCCCUUGUUGUUUUCAGGGUACGGGGUAAGUCUAGAGAGGCAGAACAGAGGCUAACGUUUGCUCGCUAAAACUGGCGAGCUGCUUGCUUGCAUAGGCCUAUCUCUUCCAUCACGAUGAUCUGUUUAACCAGAUUCCGGGGUACCGAUUGGGGGCAUCUUGGUAUCUUUGCAUCUUUGGGGCACUGAUUUCCA